AUGUCGCAUGUCCACGUUGAAGUGGUGACUGGUGAGCAACACACCGUAACCACCGCGCAGCGGCAAGCUGUGGAAAUGGAGACCAAGUGCAAGAUCUCCUUGAGAGCGAGAAAAGUGCAGAGGCAGCUGCGCGUGGAAGGCAGUGUUUUUGGUGUCCAACUGGCAAGGAGAAUGAUGCACGAACUCACGUUUGAAGGACUGGAUUUCAAUGUUUUUGUUUGGGCCGCGGGGGAGGCGACUGGGAAGGCUAUAGCCUCCCCAAAGUCUAGAGCAAAUAAGUUGCAAAUUUCGGAAAGCAGUUAUAGAGUCUGCCAGCAUUGCAUGGUAGGACGGAGGCUGACAACGACAUCGUCUAAGAGCGCUCCUGCUGUGUCGGGCACUGCGGCUUUGCGAUCUGUGCCACCGCCAUGGCGAGCAGCUCCUCCGGUUAUGCCUCCACCACCGAAGAGAUGUCGAUUGGCGGAGGAUGCUACACCACUUGUAGCCUUAGCAUCCAGCAGCGCUGUGCCCGCGUCAGCGACCGCACCAGCGACUACCCAAUCCGAGUGGACUGCAACGACUUCAACGACCCCUAUAGGAAUCCUGGGCUGCAUGCUCACCCUGGAUGGCACUGUGGAAUUGCUUUCGCAGCGAGAGCUGGGAAAAUCUUAUGAGGAAUUUGCUCCGUUGGAUCCGGGACGAACCCGCGCCUGGACAGCAUCUCUUUGGGUUUUUUUAUACGAUCGGACGUUACAGGAGCGUUGCGGUGGCUUGGCUUCUGGAAGAGGUUUUCAAGCUGAUGAGUGCAGACAGGAUCACCGUCCAGUAUCUUGCAAGGGAGGCGGGCGAAUGGAGCCACCUUUGUAUAGCAAGUGUGAAGAUUGCCGAGAGGACAAUCCGGCAAAGCAAGAGCUGAAGAGAGCUCUACUCAACUGA